AUGGGCUCUUCCUACUUCCGGGUUCCUAGCUUCCGAGUUCGCGGCUUGGGGGCGGAGCUUCGGGCUCGGCGCGUCAGUGACGUCACGGCAUCCUUUCCUUCCCAGAGCGGGCCUGGACCGGGCGCAGCCAAGCUGGGGGGGGGGCCGGGGCUCCCGAUCCCCGGCGUCCUCCCUUCUCCCCUGCCCGGUCCUGGCUCGGGCGCUCUCCUCGCACUCCUGCGCUUUGGCAAACUUUCCGAGCGGAGUUUGCAAAGUCCAUCUUCUUCUGCAGACUGCCCGGGGCUCCGGCGGGGGUUCGGGAGAGAAGAGGAACCGCGGGUAGCUGGGGGCCGGGUCGGGGUCCCAGGCCGGCGGGAGGGCGGAGCCGGACCGUCCUCUGCCCAGCCCGGAGAGCUCGCCCAGCUCCAAGCUGCCUUCUCGCAGCUGCGAGUGCCGGGGGGCAGCCGGCUUGGGGGGGCGCGCGCCCACCGGCCCGACCCAUGCCGGGACGCCCGGCGCGCCCUGGGCUCGCUGGACUCCCUCUGCAAACCGCUGCUGGGUGCCUGCGGGAUGUGCACCCGGCUUCUGGCCUCGGGUCAGGGUCAGCCGCAGACGCAGCACUGCCGGGGAGUCGGGCAAACAAAAGAGGCCACUCAGCUAGUGGCCGGAGCGGCCCGACUACCUCGCUGCGCCCCCGCCGACCACUGCUUUGAAGACGGAGAGGACUGGACGGUGUCUGCCGGUGCCAGCAGCUCUCCUGGUCCUGGACUGAGAGACUCAGCUGUGGUGACAGUGUUUGUGUUGCUGGCUGCAUUCUCCGGCACCUGGUGGGCGUCCCCGGUUGGGGUAAAGACCCUCUCUCUGCCAUCCAGCCAGCCAUGGGCACUGAGAGGCCGAGCCCUCUACGACUUCCGAACGAGAACCAAGAAGAGAUCAGCUCAGCAGGAUGAGGACCUGGUUAUCUUCAGCGAAACCUCUCUGGAUGGCUGGCUGCAAGGCCAGAACAGCCGGGGUGAGACGGGGCUCUUCCCUGCCUCCUACGUGGAAAUCAUCCGUAGGGGGCCCCGGUUGUCGACCAUGCCGACCUACUUCAGCAGUGGCUGCUUCUGCUGUGUCUCUGGGUGCUCAGUGAAGUUGUAUGAUACCCCCCCCCCCACGGUGGACUGCCCUUCCAGGGGUAGUGGGGCCAGCUUCCUCUCUAACCAGGGCAGCUUUGAGGAGGAGGAGGAUGACGACUGGGAUGACUGGGAUGAUGGGUGCACGGUGGUGGAGGAGCCCCGGGCCGGUGGCCUGGGCACCAACGGGCACCCCCCACUCAACCUUUCCUACCCUGGUGCCUACCCCAGCCAGCACAUGGCCUUCCGACCCAAGACGCCCCUGGAGCGGCAGGACAGUCUGGCAUUCCUCCAAGCGAGGGCAGUGUGGUGGGCCGCAAACCUUAAUCGUUUCUCAUGCUUCGUGCGCUCGGGUGUGGAGGCCUUCAUCCUGGGCGAUGUACCUAUGAUGGCCAAAAUCGCCGAGACGUACUCCAUUGAGAUGGGCCCUCGGGGCCCCCAGUGGAAGGCCAACCCCCACCCGUUUUCCUGCUCGGUGGAAGAUCCCACCAAACAGACCAAAUUCAAGGGCAUCAAAAGUUACAUCUCCUACAAGCUCACCCCCACCCAUGCCGGCUCCCCUGUCUACCGACGUUACAAACACUUUGACUGGCUCUAUAACCGCCUUCUGCACAAGUUCACGGUCAUCUCGGUGCCUCACCUGCCGGAAAAGCAGGCCACGGGCCGCUUUGAGGAGGACUUCAUCGAGAAGCGGAAAGAGGAGGCUCAUCCUCUGAUGGACCACAUGACCAGCCACCCUGUGCUCUCCCAGUAUGAGGGUUUCCAGCAUUUUCUCAUCCUGGAUGAUAAGCAGUGGAAGAUGGGUAAACGCCGAGCGGAGAAGGAUGAAAUGGUGGGUGCCAGCUUCCUGCUCACCUUCCAGAUCCCCACGGAGCAUCAGGACCCUGCAAGACGUGAGGAUCGGGUGGACACACCUUCAAGGCCUUCAGCAUAGGAUGAUGGACGUACAGUGUCCUGCAGGCUCAGCACCAUCGCAUCGGAGCUGGUGCGCAAGCACGUGGGAGGUUUCCGCAAGGAGUUCCAGAAACUGGGCAACGCCUUCCAGGCUAUCAGCCAUGCCUUCCAGAAUGGACCCCCCCCUUUUGGCGACGAGGCCCUCAACAGUGCCAUUUCUCACACGGCGCGUACCUAUGAAGCUGUUGGGGAGAUGUUUACCGAGCAGCCCAAGAAUGAUCUCUUCCAAAUGCUCGACACGCUGUCUCUCUACCCAGGGCCUGCUUUUCCAACUUCCCUCUGACAUCAUCACCUGCAGAAAGGAGCCUUCGCCAAGGUGAAGGAGAGUCAGCGCAUGAGUGACGAGGGCCGCAUGGCACAGGACGAGACGGAUGGUAUCCGCAGGCGCUGCCGCGUGGUAGGCUUUGCCCUCCAGGCCGAGAUGAACCACUUCCACCAGCGCCGGGAGCUCGACUUCAAGCACAUGAUGCAGAACUACCUGCGCCAGCAGAUCAUCUUCUACCAGCGCGUGGGCCAGCAGCUGGAGAAGGCACUGCGCAUGUACGACAGCCUCUGAUGGCCAACACCUCGCACAGACUGGGGCUGUGGCCCAUCAUUCCUUCCAGAAGUCCCUGGUGACCCCUGGGAAUGCCCCUCUCACUCUCCCAGGUGGGGCCCAGCAGGGGGUGAGGGUCGAGUUAAGACCCCAGAAGCUGGGCCAGAGCUGCGGGUCAGUCUUUAGUGUCCCCGGAGCCAACACACUGUCUUGCCAGGCCAUCCCGCCUUCACUCUGCAGAAACUGGGGCCUGCCUGCCCUCUGGGAGUCCCCAGCCCAUGUGGGGGGGGGGGUCAUACACAGAUUCAGAUAGAGGUCAUGCACAAGGCUGGAGGCAAAUGAGGAGUUUCCAAUGCACACAAAUGGAUCCCUCCUUCCACCUGGCAGGCAAGACCUCUGAGCCAGUGACAUUUUGGCAGGUCUUGAAGGGUGACAAGGACCUGCCAGAUGGCAGGUGGGGACAGAGGUGGGGAGAUGUAGGAAAGAUUGGAAAGAUGCAGCAACAUGAGCCGGGGUGUGGAGGCAAUGAUCCUUUCCUCUCAUCCCAUGAGGAUUCAGCAUGAACCAUGCCUCCUACCCCAGGGUACCUCCUGCCCACAGAGCCCUCGUCCUCCCUUCAUCGGGACUGGAGCCCGUUUCUUGGGCUCC